AUGAUCAAAGUAGCAACUUUACUACGACUAGGAGGCGAAGUCUUUCCCCUCGCGGCCCCUCGCAAAGCUCCGGGGCCAGGGGAACCCUCGCUUGGCAACGGUUCCGGUAUGGCUGCCUUCCGAGGAGGCCUUGAACAUCAACGCCGCAUCGAUCUUCGACUGUAUAAGAUACUAGUAUGCACUUUCAAAUUAUGUAAAGCGAAAUGUGGACCGCUUCAGUCCGGCCGCGAGCUAAAACUUACGCCCCUCCUCAAGCUCUGGGCGGCCCUCCGCAACUUCCGGGAUCAGGGGACCUCGCUUCGCUUCGGUCGUGGUGCAGAGGCUGCCUUCCGAGGCCUUCAACAUUUACGCUACAUCAUGAACUUCCCUUUCGCAGCAACUACUGCUUCUAUGCGCUCAGGCAUUGAUUUAACCAAUUCGAUCAAAAGCCCUGGCGUAUUUACUAUACAAAUUUUGGACGCGACUGAUGCUAUGGGAACCCCUGUCGCUGAAGGCGGUCUGCCAUCAUCUACCCCCGGCGCCUCCGUUAUCAACAUAGCGGGUCGUAGGUCAGGUGACCGAACUUUUCACCAGCUUACAGGAUCCACAUUCAGCUCAACAUUAGAUUAA